AUGUCUACGCAAACUCAGACCGAAGGCCUUUGUCUCAAGUAUCCUGACUCUAUAAGCCCUCAGCCAAACAUUACAUAUGAGACUGCCGUGCACAUGCUUCUUCGUGCCGCUCAGCUGGCGACACACACCCCAUUUGUCUGGGGUUACAUCGACAAACCUUCAGAAGGGCAGAUAUUUCUUGUGUUCAUUACGCCACAGCUGCCCUUUCCUAUUGACGGCGUACGCUACCAGGAUAACGAGCAGAAAGCGGUGCUACAAGCCGGCGCAGGUCGGGAACUGGAGGUUAUGGAGAUAAAGUUCGGCUUUGUUCCAGGACAAGACAACUCGGCGUGGCGCGUGAGACGGCGAUACCGCAUGAACAAGGGCGCUAACCCCGGGCUGGUCCUCAUCCACUACACUCGCGGCCAGGCGAUGCCAAUCAUGCCUAAUCUUAAUCAGCCCGUUCGUUCGUACCCGCUUAGACCGAUCACCAAUGAACCGGCGGUCUUCGUCGGAGGGGACAGGGUGGGACAGAAGGUACUCCCGAAUGCACACCCAUCCGUGAGCGACCGGCAUCCACCUUCCAUGAUGGGCAUGGGAUUCGGAGCGGGCAUCAUAGGCAACCCACAGUCGCUGCUCGCCCAGCAGAAUAGCAAUAUGGAUGCGCUAGAGCGGAGGGCAAGGGAGCGUAGUGCAAGUAUGAAUCGUCAUGUGCAGAGUCAGCAACGGCUAGAAGAGGAUGACUCUGCGGACGAAUCUGACAUGAUCUCGACGAGGACACUUGCACUAACACGAUACCGGCGGAAUCACGAAUUUAUGAAUGAGGUGUUUAUGUUUGCUGCAUUCGGUGAGAGCGCUUCCAUCAGCUAUUUCUGCGCUCCUCCUCCGCCGUUCUCCAUCUUUGAUAAAACCGCACUGGAUGAGAAAGCUGCGAAGCUCGCCACAGAGGUUGAGGAGCUACAGGCGAAGGCGGCAGCGAGAAGAGAAGCCAGACUCGGUGCGGAAACGGUAGUGGGUGCAAGUGACGAGCUGGAAGACGUAUCGAUGGACUCUACAGAAGCAGCCGAGGAGUUGGCCACGUAG